AUGGCAGCGAUACAGAGCGUGAUGGACAUUACGGAUCUCAUUGAUAAGCGGCAUAUUGGGAUGUUCAUCGGCAAGAAGGGCAGAAAUCUCAAGAAGAUUGAAAAGGACACGAAGGUCAUUAUGCAGAUCGAAAAGGAUGAAAAGGAGGGAGUGAGAGUACGGCUGACCGGCCUUCCAUUGGCUGUGGAGGCCGCACGAAUAGAAAUUCAUGAACUACUUCUUCAAAUACUACGUCGAUCGUUUUGUCAUUCCACAAAGAUUCCUAACCAGCUGGUUGGGCCUCUAAUUGGGAAAAAUGGGAAGAAUAUAGAGGCGAUUAGGAAUAUCAGUGGCGUUAAGAUUGAUAUUGGAUGCAACGGAGACGAUGGCUUCACACAGCUGCACAUCUAUGGUGACUAUUGGAACAUAGUCCUUGCAGUAAACAUGAUGAAGGAACGCUUUGACAAUUUCAAAUCAAAUCUUUCCGUGUAUGAGCGCCCCGAUCGGAAGGAAUUUUUCGAGCAGUUGAGAGAUUCAUUGGAUGAUUCUUGA